AUGUCUGGAGGGCAUGGGCAAUAUUUUGCCACGUAUGUUGAAGAUUUGGAGCAGGAGCCGUUCGAUGCGAUUGAUUUAGUUGAGAGAAUUGCUUGGAGAAUGACUGGAGGAGCUGAAACUAUUACAGAUCCGGUAUCGUUGAAAAUGCGAUUUGAAGAGGAAAUUGGAAGUUUGCAGAUGUUAUGUGAUCAAUUUCAGGUGAGACUUACGAUUAGAAAAACGCCGAAGUGUUGGGCGAUUUCAAGAAAUAAAGCCCGGAACACUUUUUUUAGAAAAUAUGAUUUUUCAAAGUUCACGUGGAAAUGGUUUCUUACAAUCAGUGUUUUUUCUUCAUUUCUACUUUUUUCCAGAACAAAGUGAAUACUCUCGAAAAACAAUUGAAUGAAGAAAAACGAGAAUAUGUUCAAAAACUUCAACGACAACACGAGAAAAAUGCAGAAGCAAUUGAUAAAAUGAAACAACUCGAUGCAACAAUGCAAAAUGUGUCAACAAAAGUGGUUCAUUUAGGAGAUCAAUUGGAAAGUGUUGAUCAACCUCGAUCUCGAGCACAUGAUGCUUUUCAACUUAUGCAACAUUUCGAUGAAUUUCUAUCAGAUCAACCAUUAAAUUCAAUGAUUUUCACAGAUCCUGAUAAACUUCUAGAAUCAGCUGAUCUUGUUCAUAAAUUAUAUUCAAUAUCUCAGGAAUUGAAUAAGGAUAAAUUUGCGAAUGUUCAAGCGAGAAUUGCGCAAAGAUAUGAAGUUGUUGAAAGAUUAUUGAUUGAAGAAUUUGCGAGAAGUCAGAGAGAUGAAAAGAAAAUGGCUGAAGUUGCGAAGAUUUUGAGCGAAUUUAAAGGAUAUUCUCAUUGUGUUGAUCGAUAUGUUGAAUAUCUUUGUCAAUCAAUUCAUCCAAGAGGUGAUGGUGGAGAAAUUCUUGCGGACUGUUUACAACUUUGUCGAACUCAACAGCCUAGAAUUUCAGCUAUUUUUCCAUCACCACAUACUGUUAUGCAGAAAUUGGUGAGAUUUUGUUGAAUUUAAAAAAGGCGGGAAUUUUGAGUGCGAAAAUACUGUUAAACUUUUAAAGUUAUUUUUUCCAUUUUUCAAUAAUAUUUGUUUAAUUUUCAGGUUCUCAAUUUAUUCACUGGAAAAAUGAAAGAAUAUAUAAAUGCGCGACUUCGAGAAUGUAAAGAAGUUCAAGACAACGAACAAUAUUUGAAAGAUUUAGCCAUGUUAUAUUCAAGUACUUUAAAAAUGUGUAAAGAAUUGGAAAAAUUGCAUAUAAGUCCGGAUAGUGCAUUUCUCGCAACAUUGACAAAAUCAAUAUUCGAUCGAUAUAUUUCAACUUAUAGUCGAGAAGAAUUAUCAUAUUUAAAUGAACAAUGUGGACAUAUUUUGAACAAGUUUUAUGAGUCAAAAAAACAUGUGAAAAAACAAAUUGGGGGAGGACUGCAAGAAUUGAAGCGAGAUGUUGCUGCUCGAUUAAUGACUGUUGAAAAUUAUGGAGGUGAAACAUUUUUGGCUGAAGAUGUGGCGAUUUCGAUUUUACAAGAAACUAAAAAUGCAUUCAAUCGAGCGUCGCAACUUUGUGAUAAAUCGGAACUUGCGAGACAUGUUGAAAAUAUUGUGGAUGUUCUUCUCAAAUUUUUGUAUGGCGAACAUUUAGAUUAUGCGGUUGAAAUUGGAUUGGCUGGAAUAUCUUUAGCAGAACCCAAAAAUGAACCACCUGCUUAUUUUUAUAGUAUUGUUGCACAAUGUACAACUAUUGUUUUGUUAAUGGUUAAACAAUAUGAUGAUUCAAUUUGGCCAAUUAUUAAGUGAGUCUUGGGAAAUAUAGAGAGGGUGGCCUUUUUGAUCCCACCAGAAAAUACCUCAAAAUAUCCAUUGAACUUUGAAAGACUUUGAAAAAUGUGACCCCCAAAAGGUUUGGGUUCAAAACAAUUUUUUAAUAAAAUUUGGUCCCAAUUUUUUAUCUACAUAAACUGACAAAUAUAUCCGAUUCACUAGAACAUCAUACACAAAUUUAAUUUUGAGAAUCUACCCAUUUUUCCUUAUAAAAAUUGAACUUUCAGAGAUACAAUUGUGGAGCAAACAGUUGCAAAGAAAUGGCAACAAUCAUUACGAUCUUUGGAAUCGAAAAUGAAUUUGGGACUCGAAAGACAAUUGAAUUCCGCUGUUGGAUAUGUCAAAUUUUUGUUCAGCGAACAGAAAAAAACAGAUUUUCGACCGGAAUCACAACAAAUUGAUAUUCGAGUUUCACCGCAAUGCAAAUUGGCCUCGAAAUUUCUGUCGAAACAUGUAACAACAAUGGAAAAGGGGUGUGAUGGAGAGAAUUUGGAAGCAUUGCAAUCAGAUUUGGCAACAAGAUUGUUCAAGUUUAUGUUGACACAUAUUCAACAGGUUGGUUUUAAGGGUUUUCUAAAAAUAAGAAAAUUGUUGAUAAUGUCGUUAAAAAAUCAGGGCCAUUACAGUUUUAUUGAACUGUUUUGCAAGAAAAUCCAAUGUGAAUUUGAGCAGAUUUUUGGCGCCAAAAAUCUCUGAAUUAUUAUAGAAAGUCAGAACUUUGGAAAAUUUUAAAAAAUUAGAUUUUUCACUGUUUCACACCGAAUAAUAAUCGGCCUCCAUUCCGCAAACUGCUCCAGCCUGCGGUAUUCCCGCAUUUGAAUCGUCCAUCCAACGUUUCACAGUAUUGAUCCAAACAUACGGUUGAAGCAGCAAGUGAUUAUCCGGUCGAUUAGGUGCCCAUUCUAUUCCGUCACUUCCCGUCGUAUGCCCGUCUGUCCAAUAAAACGAAGUCAAUGCUGUACAUGUGCUUGUGAUUUUGUAGGUCCAACAAGCAGUGGUUCUCUUGAGCCCGAGGUAAAGACGACGAGGCACUGCAUCUUCGCUCAACGCUUGUGUCAUCAUUGUUACGAGUUCCUGCUUAUCUUGGAAGCCGGAACUUACUGCAGCGCUAUUUAAUGUACGACAAUCAGCAUCGGCUGUUUCACCGGUUGAUGGACCCCAAUAGAUUUUCAUACACCAAUAAUAGGUCUCACGGUCCAACAUUAUCCAACCCACCAAACAUUUUGGUACUAAAAUAGUUGUGGUGGUGAUGGCAGUUGUUGUUGUUGUUGUUGUUGAGGUAGAUGUUGUGGUUUCGAGAAUCAAAAUUGUUGUCACAAUUUCUGAAAUAAGUAAAAUUUCGAUUAAAGUUUAUAGUUAAUCUAUCUAGACGAUUUUUUCAAAUCCUAUCCCAACUUUGAAUAUAUCUCACCUUCAAACUCCAAUUGUUGCGUGGGAAUACAACAAGAAUAUCGAGAAACGAACAAACUACAAAAAAUUAUCACUGUAAUAAUGAACAUGACCAAUUACACAAUAUGUGCGAUUAUGAAUCUUAUGUAGUUUUCUACACACACGGAUGUUAGAAAAACUAUCAGCAAAACUGGAUUAAUUUGAAGACAAUUUUUUCUAAAAGAUCAGGAACAUGAAGUAGCAUGAAAAAUUAUGUUUUGUUUGGAAAACCGUAGCAUAAGCAGAAGUUUAGCGUUCAAAACUCGAUAUUUUUAAAUUUUAAAAAUAACGAGUUCUAAAAAUGGUCCAACAACAAUGUAAUGGGGCGUCCAUAAAUCAAAAAAUGAAAAUUUCACACCUGUCCAAUUUCUUUUCAAACUAAAAUUUUUUAUUCAAAGUUGUAUUAUAAUGAUCAGAAUUCAGUUAGCUACAAGUUGAUCAUAUUUUUAUCAAAAUUGGACAGGCAAAAACACAAAUUGGACAGCUGUGAAAAUUUCAUUUUUUGAUUUUUGCACGCCCCAUAAGUGUUCUAUAAAAAUGUUCCCAUGAAAACUUUGUUACACCAGUUUCUCCUCCAAAUACUUGUUUAUUUACAGUUCACUUACAAUUCAACUGGUGCUGUUCUUCUUCUUUGCGAUGUCGGCGAACUUCGAACAAUUGUCUCAAAAUGGAAUGUUCAAUUAGCAUUUGCCCAAUGGGAAAGCCUUUUGGCUCUCACAAAUCUUCUCGCUGUUCUUCCCGAUAAUUUAAAUGACGCUGCUCAAAGUCCAUUAUUAGAAAAUGUUGAUCGACAAUUGGUUAAUGAUUUUAUCCGACUUCGUGCCGAUUUUAAAACUAUCAAAAAUUUGAAACUGUGA